ACAGGAUCAGAAGUGUCUUUAAACUACACGGAUUGUUGUUUUCAGACCAGAUACUAGUCAUUUUCUGAUGGGUAACAGCUACAGAUGUUCAUAUUUAAAUCCCAACUCCGGCCACAGUUUUUUAGUACUGAAGAAACUACUUAGACUGUAAAUGCUUACAACUGUGUUUUGUGUAGCUGUGGUGAGCUCUCUUUUAAAAUCUCUUCCGGAGAACUCUCAGCAACGCUGUUAUUUUCCUCUGAAGUGGAAAAACAUGCAUUUAGACUCAGCUGGAGUCUGCUCUCGUUUUCAAAACCCUGUUGUUGCUGUCAGAUGGGGGGUGAUGACAUGUCCUUUAUUUACUAGAAGUGAAGCAAACCAGUUCUUCAAGUCCCUGUUGAUCUAUAACCCUGGUUGCUCAUAAACUCUGUCCAGAUUAUUCUGUGGACUCGUCAGAGCACCUCUCCCCAGCAGACCGCUCCUUCUGCCUCUUAACACAGCAAUAGAAGCAGCUCCCCACCCAAACAACCUGCCAUGGCACUGCGCCCGCGAGCGUCCUCUCAGCCUGGAAAACUUUCCUUCUUCCAGAAUACCAAGACGACUUCGUCCCUUCGGCCGCGGGCUGUUUCCUCGCGGUCAAGCUCCAUGCUGGAAGAGGAGCUGUCUUGUCCGGUGUGUUGCGAGAUCUUCAAGGAACCCGUGGUUCUCAAGUGCAGCCACAGCUUCUGCCGGGCCUGUCUUCAGCAGUUCUGGAACAAGAAAAAGGCCAGGCGCGAGUGUCCCAUCUGCAGGAGGAAGUGCUCCCUGACGGAGCCCACGGUCAGCCUGGCCUUAAAGAACGUGUCCGACACAUUCCUGAAGGAGCAGGAGCGCAGGACUGCCGCAGCAGGGGCCGGGGCCAGCUGCAAAGCGGAGGAGGCGGUGAUAGUGGAGGAGAAGUGCAUCACACACGGGGAAAUUCUCAAGCUCUUCUGUCUGGAUGACUUGGAAGUCCUGUGCUGUGUGUGUCACACCUCAAAGAAACACCAAGGACACAGAGUGUGUCCACUGGAAGAAGGAGCUCAGGAUCUCAAGGCAGAGCUAAAGAACGAGCUGGUCCCUCUGAAGAAAAACCUGCGUCGCCUGUAUGAAGCCAAACAGGAGUGUGAUGACACAACGGUGCACAUCAAGAACCAGACUCUGGCUACGGAGAGGCAGAUCAGGCAGGAGUUUGAGCAGCUCAGAGAGUUCCUCCAGAAGGAGGAGGAAGCGCGACUGGCCACACUGCGGCAGGAGGACGAGGAGAAGAAAGAGCUGGUGAAGAGGAAGUCUGACAGCAUCACCAGAGACAUCCUCACCCUCUCCCAUGCCGUCAUUGCCAUCGAGAACGAGAUCGCAUCCAGCGACGCCCUUUUCCUCCAGAAUUAUAACAACACAAAGAAAAGAGCUCAGAUCCCACAGAAGGAUCCAGAAAAAGUGUCAGGCGCGCUGAUAAAUGUGCCCAAGCAUGUCAGUUCCCUCAAGUACCACGUGUGGGAGAAGAUGGUGGAGCUUGUUCAGUACACGCCGAUCACCCUGGACCCUAACACUGCCUACUCCUGGUUGUCCCUCUCUGCUGACCUGACCAGCGUGGCCAACAGUGGAUCCCUGAAGACGCUCCCGGACAAUCCCGAACGUUUCGGCCACUUCGUCUUCGUGCUGGGCUCAGAGGGCUUCACUUCAGGACGUCACGCCUGGGAGGUGGAAGUGGGCGACAAGGUGGACUGGAUGCUGGGGGUGGUCAAAGCGUCCAUUGACAGGAAAGGCCGUAUUUCGGGCUGUCCCGAGGGCGGCUUCUGGAUGAUCUCGCACUACGAGGGCGAGUACUCGGCCAUGACGAGGCCCAGCACCCCGCUGCUGCUGGAGGGGGAGUUGACUCGGGUCAGGGUGCAGCUGGACUAUGACUCCGGAGAGGUGAUCUUCUCCAACCCUGUCAACAUGACGCCCAUCUACACAUUUACUGACUUCUUCACCGAGAAGAUGUACCCUUUCUUCUGCCCUGGAGCCAACAUCAACGGGAACAACCCCAAGCCUCUUCAGAUCUGUCCUGUGAAGGUGGCUGUGUGGAACAGCGCCACGUGGUGAUUUGAGAACACCCUGCAGAGGACGUCUGUGUGCUUUUUAUGUUUAAGAAAGGUAGUUAAACAGAGGGUUGACAAUGGUGUUUAUGUGUGUAAAAUGAGCAUGAUACAGGGGACUAAUCAAUAACUGGUUUAUUUCACUUUCUUUAGUUUAAAGCUGUCAGGGCAAAGACUUCCUGUCCAGGAAGGCUUCAUCCUGCUUCUCAGUGAGGGAGGCCGUCACACUUAACAUCCACUGAGCGCCAGUCUCCCCCUGGUGGUAAACAAAGACACACAAUUAACAGAACAACAGCAAACAAAAGACUCUUUUAAACCGAAGAUCUGUAAUAGAUGACACAGCUAUAUUUACACUAGUGGGGAAAUCACACUUAAAUACGACACAAAGGUGAAAACUGAUAGACCUAAUCUGAAUCAUAUGUCUGAAUUCUUAUUAGAAACUGAAAAAAAAAAUGUUCUGGGAGCACUUUGAGAUAGAUGCAGUGACUGAGGGUCAAUUUGUGACAGAAAUGAUUUUAAAUGGGAUCAAUACCAUUGAUGUAUUCAAGGCUAUAAGGGGUCAAACUGCAAAACUUAGUUACCAACGAUUGGGUUUCAUGUCCAUUACACAAGGUUGUUCAUGUUAAAAGAGUCCAAAAGCUUUGGGAAGUGGCCUCUUUUUUGUGUGUGUUGAGUGCAUGUGUGUACUUGUCCAAAGCACCCUUUGUUUAUUUUCUCAUGCACAAUAAGAAAGACAGGAAGAUACACAAAGACAUCAGUUAUAUUAUAUUCAGUUGCAUUGUAUUUAAGUGUGUAAAGCAAAAAAAUACAUUUUAUGAUUAAUAUUGAAACAUUUAACAAGGUUAGCUUUCUGUUUGUUCCGUGCGUCCAUGACUUCUUUUUCUUUCUUUCUUUUCUUUUUUUUUUUUUUAUCUAGGUCACUGGUGUAUCUUUUAUCAGUGGAAACAUGAUGUGAGCUAAACAAUCUUAACUGAACUCCAAACUCUAGGAUCAAGUGGAUAAAGCCUUGUUUGUAACCCACCAUGGUGGUAACCGCGCAGAUCCUCCGUCAUUCUCUGGGGCUUUAUGCUCAUUAAACAAUAAUUACACCAACUGUUUAUUUUCUGUUGUCAGAAACAGUGAUUGCAUGUAAACACUGAACGUGUGUGAAAAUAUGUGAAAUCGUACCAUGUGACCGAUAAUAAUAUGCUUCUCAUGUGUUAAUAAACUCUCAAUCAGAA